AUUUAAAGAAUGACGGAAUUCGCAACAAAGUUAAUAACUAGCAAAGAUAUGCAACAACGAUGCAACGAUUGGGUCGAAUCACAAAAGGAUUGUACGUACGAGGAUGAAACGCAUUAUAAAAGAAAAAUUGACGACGAAGACAGUUACAGAACUGAUUCUGAAUUCGAUUCCGUAUCCGAUUGCCCCAAAAAAAAGAGAGUUGGUUUACCGCUAAAUCGUGAAAUUCUCCAUCUUUUUUGUGAGUGGAUUGAUUGCGAAUACGAGAGCAAUUCCAUUGAUAGAUUCGUGAAGCACGUGGCUCAACACGUGUCUGAUGUAAAUAUACAAAUAAACGAGAGAGAUAUCGAUGUUUACGAAUGUCUGUGGAGAGAUUGUUUCUACACGAAUAAUAAUCCCGACGACAUUUCAAGGCAUGUCAAUUAUCAUGCGUUUCAUACGAAGUUGAAGUGCGUCGGGUCAAAUAUUCGUUCCAGAAUUAAAUUGCCCAAAUGUCAUCGAGACUCUGGAUGGAAGAACGUUAUAGAUAUUCCAGGACCUCUCCUUUGUCGUUGGGAAGAAUGUUUAACACAUUUUAGGAAUUAUCAGUUGUUCAUAUAUCAUGUAGUUGCUCAUAUUGAAGAAAGUCCGCGUGGUAAAAAAGUCAAAGGAGGUCUAGAAUGCAAAUGGACAGGUUGCGAUUGCAUGUACGCCAAUUUGUACAAGUUACGGGAUCACAUGCGACAUCAUACGAAGGAAAAGAUUGUCGCUUGCCCCGAUUGCGGUGCAACGUUUGCUUCUAAUACGAAAUUUCAUGUACAUUGCAAACGUCAGAUUCCGCUCGAUGUUCAGGGAUUCCAGUGCUCUCAUUGCAAUAAGUUUUACGCCACGGAAGGAAUCUUAAGAGAUCAUAUGCGAUUCCAUGUUUUUAAUUACAAAUGCACCCUUUGUGAUAUGAGCUGCGAAUCACCAGCCAGUUUAGCUAAACAUGUUAGAUAUAGACAUGUCUCUACUAGACCCUUUCCCUGUCAACUGUGUAAUCAUGCUGCCAAAUCUCAACAGGAUCUUGAUUCGCAUAUGUCGGUUCAUACUAAUGGACCAAAUUUCUCAUGUCACUUUGAGGGAUGCUUGUACACGUGCAAAGGUGCAUACAGUCUAGAUAGACACGUAGAACGAGUUCAUGAUAAGCAAGUACGAUGGUAUUGCUGUCACGAGUGUCCAGUAAGGUACAUGAAAAGCUACAGUUUGUCGAAACAUUUGAUCGAGGCGCAUCGUUUGCAACUACCUAGUGGGCAUACCAAAUUUCAGUAUACUCAUGACUCAGAUGGUUGUUAUAGAUUACAAAUGGUCAGAUAUGAGACUGAAGAAGAAAGCGCUCUUCCGAUUGUACAGACAAAAAUCGAGAAUAAAAAAUAUAAAAUCAAAUUAAUUCCAAAUUCCAGUGUGCCUCAAGUUAAGGUUUUCGAAGAUACGGACGAGAGAGUGAUGGAAGUCGAGAAAAAAGAGGCAGAAGCAAUAAUAAAAUCAGAGGGUUACGAAGUAAAAUCGAUGCCCGUUAUUUCAAAUAUUUUAAUAUCAAUCGAUGAAACUGAUGCGGAGGGAAAUAUAAUUACAAGUAGAAUUGUAGAAGCGCAGGAAACUACGGAAUUGCCUCCUUCCGAAGGACGGCCAUUAAUUUUGACAACAAAUUAAUUCCAAUUGAAUGACAAGAAAUUUUAAUAAAAUUUAACAAAGAAUAAAUAUAUAUUUUUACUUACAAAAUGAUUAAUUAAAAAUGAUUUGUAUUCUUACACAUAGAUUUUCCUCGCAUGCUUU